CAUCUGUUCUCCAUUAGACGAGCCGAGAGUAUAAAGCAGGCAGCUGACAGGGGCUGGGAGCUAGUCUAGUUCCUGCCUGGCUGGAUCAUGGGGUUUAGCGUGUGGCUGUGCGUUCUGUGCCUGCAGGCGAGCCUGCUGUCGCACGCCCUGGACUGCUCAGAGGGAAGCCAGGGAGAGCUGUGCGCUGCUGGACAGACCGCAGACAGACAGCAUGAUGACAAAAGGCAGCAGAGAGGGCCACACUUACCUGAGCAGCUGGAUUUGUUCAGACGUAAGAGGCAGCUGGAGCGGAGGGGCCCCACCCACCUGAGUCACCACAACCUACCAGGAGCCGUCUCGGUCAAGGGCUUCCCUAACACUCUGAUCCAGGCUGACAGGUCGAGGAGACACUUGCCUCAAACUGUGCUGAAUAAGAAGAAGAACAAGCGUAAACACCGCCCAGGCUCCUUCUCCCUCCUUAGCAACGACAAGACAGCCAACCCCCUACAGGUGACCAGAGUGAGGAGACAGGUGAAGCUUGACCCUCCCAAGAGGGGAAAGUCGGGUCGUUCUGGCGCGUUCUCAGUCCUGGGAGACCCUCAGAUUGAUGGACAGAGCGACGGACAGAGCGACGGGCCUGAAAGGACCGUGUAAGACAUCAAGUGCUGCAGGAUGGGAAUGCGAAUCGUAACGAAGGAUGCGCACAGUCCAACUAAAUGGGAAAUGUUUUGCAUUAUAGAAGAGAAAGGCUAUGAAAAUCUAACAUUCGCAUUAAAGCCCUAACUGUUCUUAUUUAGUUUCUCAUCAGGUAAUUUUUAAGUGUCUAUCAUAAUUAUUUUACUGGGAAGCUGGCUUACACUAAUCAGAGCUACUCUAUUGUAUAUUCAGUUCUAUUCUUUGUGUCUGCAUGUUAUAUUAAGAGAUCUUGUAGUACUAUUUUACUUUGCCAUUUUUCUGUCACAUAUUUAAUCACAUCUAAGUGUUUGAAGUAUAUUUUUGCACAACUCUUUUAUUUUUUUUUUUUUUUGGUAGUUUUUCCUUGCUGUCAUAUCAGGUUCCAGUAAACUUAAACGGAGAGUUAUAAUUAACAAGUCUUUAUUAAUUAAACAUUUUGUACACUUUUA